UCCCCUUCCUGAGACUCCUCACGGAUUGGUCAGGUGUCCUGUAUUCACUUUGACGACUCACGCGCAACGAUUAAUUCCUUCACGACUUCGCUUAGAGGACAAUAGGUGAAGGCCCAUUGUCCUAGAACAAUCCCACAAUAACGACAAUAACGGCGGUAACGACAAUAGUAACGAUUCCUUAACGAUCCAUUGCUUGUUCUUAUACUUUAACCUCUACUCUUGCUCGUCUUCUCUUCCACCUCCAUCCUCAAUCUUCAUCAAACAUCCAGACAACCAACAUUCGUUGAGGUACAUACGACUUACAUACACCAUCACCAUGUCGUCCUCUGCGAGCAGAACCUUGAACGAGGUCGCCCUCGAGCGCUUCGUCUACAUGCCCGUCAACUCUCAGAUGAUCUCCUACCUCGCCGUCAAGGCCCAGGAAGUCAUCCAGUGCGAGCCCACGGCUGCUCACUCUAAUCUCCCCUCUCCACCACGCUCCCCUUCACAUGAUCCGAGUCAAUCACAAUCUGACUUGCCCUCUUUGGAACGCUUCAUCGUGUCCUUGGUCCGAAAGUCCAAUGUCCAAGUCCCGACCCUAAUGACAACCCUGGUCUACCUCGAGCGACUCAAGCAGCGCCUCCCGCCCGUGGCCAAGGGUUUGAGAUGCACCGUCCACCGCAUCUUCCUCGCCGCUCUCAUCCUCUCCGCCAAGUACCUCAACGACUCCUCUCCCAAGAACAAGCACUGGGCUGAGUACUCCAACGUCCGCGGCUUUGAACCUUUUGGAUUCUCCCGCACCGAAGUGAAUCUCAUGGAGAAGCAGCUGCUCUACCUCCUUGACUGGGACCUGGGCAUCAGCGAAGAUGAUCUCUACCACCACCUUGACCCCUUCCUUGCCCCCAUCCGCUCCGAGAUCCUCCGCCAUGAAGAGCACGCCCGCAUGCGCGAGAGCCGCAAGCAAGCCCUCAGAGAGCAGCAAUGGAGAGAGCAAGAGGCCACCCGCCGCCACCUGGAGCAAGCCAGCCAAUACUACGGCUACCCAGUCAAGCACGAAGAAGUCUACGACGGCCACAUUGUCGACCCCACCGGCGCCAUUCUCCGCUCCGUCAACCGCCCCAUGGUCAACCGUCCCAACUACGACUCACCCCCCUCCACCGCCGACGUGCCCGAGCUCACCAUGUCCCGCAGCGCUACCACCGACUCCAUCUCCGUCUCCUCCUCGGCCUCCUCCUACAUGUCUCAACGCUCUCUCAGCGGCACCCCGGUCUCCUCCAUCGGCAGCUACUCGGGCGAGCUCGAGCACGGCUUCCCCCGCAGCUACAGCAGCGCGAGCCCUACGCACAUCGUGCGCGACAUCGUGCAUGUUGCUCAUCCCAGCAGCGGCAAGCUAGAGAUGCUCCCCUACGAGCCUGAGCGUGAAGACGACAAGCCUGCCAAGAAGCCCAAGCUCAUGAGCGGCAACAUCUUCUCUCGAUUCCUUAAUAGCGCAUCUCAGGCCAAGCCUUACGCGCACUGAGCUGCACUCUCUCUGCCCCAAUCACACAAACUCUCGUUUUUAUUUUCCCUUGUUUCUUGGCAUUAUCCAAUGGCGGAAUAUCGGAAUGAAUAGUUCAUGGUCUCACGAACCUCUCAAUCUGGCGUGUUGUUUCCAUAGAUAGGCUUUCCUUUGAGGGACGGGAAAUGGAUUCAUGGAUCAUCAUCGAGAACGAGACAUAUAC